UGACGAUGAUGAUUCAGACAGUUUCGAUCAAACCAGAAGUUUCUUUAGCAUUGACCUCUGAAACUAGAAAGGCACACAGCACACAAAAAAAUCGGUUGGCGAAGCAGAGCAUGCCCCACAUUCCAUCACCUCCAAAUUUAUCACCUUUUUCUCUGUAGCGGGUUACACUGUUGACCCAAAAUGCAAACGGUUUGCGUUUGUGGAGAUAAGUUAUGGCGUUACGACGCCGUUUCAUUCUUCGGCUCUCACGUGUCGUUUACGAGUACCCGUGUGUCGUUUUGCCCACCCCGAAGAAGAAGCGGAUUAGUGUCCAUGGUUGCUAAGCGCAGCCCCAAGCGUCUCAAGUACACCUCCGCUUCUCGCUUCACCAAGGAGGAUGGUUUGGUGUACAUUGAAGCAGACCCAUCUGCCUCUGAUUCUUGGAAAUUGGAACCAAUUGCGAAUCUUUUGAAACAAGGUGCUGUUGGAGUCAUUCCUACUGAUACUAUGUAUGCAAUAGUAUGUGACCUUAGAAGCCAGUCAGCCAUUGAACGUCUUCGUAGAAUCAAGAAUAUAGAAGCUUCAAAGCCUCUUAGCAUCUUGUGCCACUCAUUUCGGGACAUAGACAAGUACACAGCUGGAUUUCCACGUGGUGAUGGUCAAGGCCAUGCAAAUUUAUUCAAAGCUGUUAAGCAUUACUUACCUGGUCCUUACACAUUCAUCCUAAUUGCAAGCAAAGAAUUACCUAAGCAAUGCAUAAGGUUUGGAACUUCAUCUGCCAAGUAUGCGUCAAGAAAAAACGUGGGUGUCCGUAUGCCUGAUGAUGCCAUUUGUCAAGCAAUACUAAAGGAGAUGGAUGCACCGUUAAUAUGUACAAGCAUUAAGUUCCAGAAGGAAGAUGAAUGGAUGAUUGAUCCAGUUAUGAUAGCUGAUACAUAUGGACCAGAGGGUCUUGAUUUUGUUGUUGAUGGUGGUGUAAGAGUGGCCGAUCCAUCCACGGUGGUUGACAUGACAAAAUUGCCUCCCAAAGUACUACGGCAAGGAAAGGGUCCUAUUUUACAUUGGAUGGAAUUGGAAGAUGAUCAGAAAACUGAUGUUGAUAAGGAUCUCAUCCCUGCUGGCAUUUGAUAGUGACCGUUCAUUUCAUUGAAGAUUUAGCUUGCUAAAACCUUUUCAUUACUCUUUCCAACUUCGGUCCAAUCCUCUCGAUGAAUCUUACUCUUUUUUUCUUGUUGUUUGGGGGAAAGGGAGGCGCAUAAAAGGAAAAGAGGAAAAUGUAUACACACAAGAUCAAACAUGAAAAUGUAAAGUACAUAUUUCAUGUAAACAAAAAAUCAUUUUGCCAGUCUUUAUUUGUUUUAUUUGAAAUGAAUUCCCUUGUUUAGAUAGUGCUUUUACUCAAUGAACGAUGGAAAGGAAGAAAUUUCUUUAUUCCGGGGGUACAAAUUUGUAAUAAUAAUUUUGUUGUAAAUUAUUAAAUUAAGUUAGCAAGGAGCCUUCUGGCAUUGGGGUA